UUAUGAAAUCAAUUAUUUCCAAUUAAUUUUGUGAGGAUGAAGCUGGGAGUGUAAUCAGAAAUGGCGGUGCCAACAUUGAAGUUGAGGUGCUUUCCCACCGCACUCCGAUUCCACUCUAACCUUCCUUCAUUCUCCACUCUCCGCCCUCUCCUCUGCCACGCCGCCACCACCGCCAACAGAAACAACAAGAGGAGUAAGAGUAAUAAUAACACCGCUCCUCCUCCUUCUUCUCCUCUUCCCAAACCACCAGCUGGAUUCGUCGUCGACCAACGCGGCAAGCUUGUCUCCGCUUCCAAGCACCGCCUUGCCACUCUCGUUGAUCCGGCAAACAAUCUUCCCUUGGAGUGUGUGGUUAGGAGAGAGUUCACCAGCUCUCAAGGCCACCAGUGCAUGCUGCUCUGCCCGGUCGACUUGCCUAUCCAAAUAUUGAGGAGUACUGGUGUUGGGUGGUCCGAUGUCGGUGAUGCGGAACUUGAAUCUAUCAUGCCUGCUGCUGCCUAUGCACUUGCCAAGAUACGCAUGUAUUUGGUUUACAGUGGAUACUGUUACACAGCUCGUGGUGGAUUUUGCUACUCAGAAGAGAACAUAUUUGACUUUCAUGCAGAUGGUAAAGAGGCGGAUGACUCACCAACUGAAGGUGUAGAAAUUACACAUUUCAGUCAGGAAGGGGAACACUACAUGAUUUAUACACCAUCUGAUCCACUUCUUUUUGUUGCUGUCAAGGAUCAAAAUGGGAUGUUGCAAAUUGCUGAUGAUGGUGACUAUGACGGAGCUAAUGUCAACUUUUGUGGACAGGAACUUCUUGAGGAUCCAGCUGUCUCUAGCGCCAUAGAUGAAGAGACCGAAUUCAAUACCUUGGUGGAGGAAGAAGCUGCACUUCUUGACUCAUUGUUGGGUAAAAGAUAACCAGAAAGUAGUUUCCUCAGAAAUGCCACCAAAUUCUGCUGUUUCUAUUUUUUGUAUAGGAUCAAUUUUGUAUUGUGAGUAUGCAUGUGCUUUAUGUCUAGUGCAGUAUGCUAAUGUUAACAUGUAACAAUUCUCCUUAAGAUUUAGAUUUCAUUUGAUAUAAGCUUUAGCGCUUAAUGUGAUUAUUAUAAAGAUUGCAUGACAUGGAGGCAAUGUAAUAUUGGACCAUUAUUCAAACUUUAACGGCAGAAUAAAUCGUUGUCAGAGGUGCAUCUUCGUCUGCAUUAGACAGUGUAGUGAUGUUA